ACACAGGACGGUUACCAGGCACGCGGAGGCUCCUUUUGGAGCACGGAGUCCCUAGACACUGUCGUGUAGGAGUGGUAGGGUUGAAGUGACAGCGUUCAGAGGCCAUCGGCUCAUCCUGGUUGUAGCGGGGCGAGUGACGAGCGCAGCCCCCUCCCCUCCCGCUUCUCUAGGUGUGGCGCCGGCUAGUGACGUGUUGGGUGUGAUGGCCGCCGCGAGGCCGGGAAGGUGAAGUUUGGACAGGUGGAGUCAACACCAUCAGCAGCCAACCUGGACCUGAAUCAGCACAGAGGAAGGAGACCUCAAGUUCUUUUCAUCGUUUUGACUCCAGCCAUGUCCACGAUGCCCAACCUGUGAAGGUCUCUUAACAGCUAGAAACGAGAUGUCCCUGCUCUUUUCUCGAUGCAACUCCAUCGUCACCGUCAAGAAGGACAAGCGACACAUGGCUGAGGUGAACGCGUCCCCUCUCAAGCACUUCGUCACCGCCAAGAAGAAGAUCAAUGGCAUCUUUGAGCAACUGGGGGCCUACAUCCAAGAGAGCGCCAGCUUCCUGGAAGACACCCACAGGAAUACAGAACUGGACCCAGUCACCACAGAAGAGCAGGUCCUGGAUGUCAGAGGGUACCUGUCCAAGGUCCGGGGCAUCAGCGAGGUGCUGGCCCGGCGGCACAUGAAGGUAGCUUUUUUUGGCCGGACGAGCAAUGGGAAGAGCACUGUGAUCAACGCCAUGCUCUGGGACAAGGUUCUGCCGUCUGGCAUUGGCCACACCACCAACUGCUUCCUGCGUGUCGGGGGCACAGACGGCCAGGAGGCCUUCCUCCUCACAGAGGGCUCAGAAGAGAAGAAGAGCGUCAAGACCGUGAACCAGCUGGCCCACGCUCUCCAUCAGGACGAGCAGCUGCAUGCAGGCAGCCUGGUGAGUGUGAUGUGGCCCAACUCCAAGUGCCCGCUUCUGAAGGACGACCUCGUGCUGAUGGACAGCCCUGGGAUCGAUGUCACCACGGAGCUGGACAGCUGGAUUGAUAAGUUUUGCUUGGAUGCUGAUGUGUUUGUGCUGGUGGCCAACUCAGAGUCCACACUGAUGCAGACGGAGAAGCAGUUCUUCCACAAAGUGAGCGAGCGCCUCUCCCGGCCCAACAUCUUCAUCCUGAACAACCGCUGGGAUGCGUCUGCCUCGGAGCCUGAGUACAUGGAGGAGGUGCGGCGGCAGCACAUGGAACGCUGCACCAGCUUUCUGGUGGACGAGCUGGGCGUGGUGGAUCGAGCUCAGGCUGGGGACCGGAUCUUCUUCGUGUCUGCCAAGGAGGUGCUGAGUGCCAGGGUCCAGAAGGCCCAGGGCAUGCCGGAAGGAGGCGGCGCUCUUGCAGAAGGUUUUCAAGUGAGGAUGUUCGAGUUUCAGAAUUUUGAGAGGCGGUUUGAGGAGUGCAUUUCCCAGUCUGCAGUAAAGACCAAAUUUGAGCAGCACACAGUCCGGGCCAAGCAGAUUGCAGAGGCUGUUCGUCUCAUCAUGGACUCCCUGCACAUCGCAGCUCAGGAGCAGCGGGUUUAUUGUCUAGAAAUGCGGGAAGAGCGGCAAGAGCGGCUGAGAUUUAUCGACAAGCAGCUGGAGCUCCUGGCUCAGGACUACAAGCUGCGAAUUAAGCAGAUUACAGAGGAAGUGGAAAGGCAGGUGUCCACAGCCAUGGCUGAAGAGAUCAGGCGCCUCUCUGUGCUAGUUGAUGAGUACCAGAUGGACUUCCACCCAUCCCCAGUUGUCCUCAAGGUUUACAAGAAUGAACUGCACCGCCAUAUAGAGGAAGGCCUGGGCCGGAACAUGUCUGACCGCUGCUCCACAGCCAUCACCAGUUCACUGCAGACGAUGCAGCAGGACAUGAUAGACGGCCUGAAGCCCCUUCUUCCUGUGUCUGUGCGGAAUCAGAUAGACAUGCUGGUCCCCCGACAGUGUUUCUCCCUCAGCUAUGACCUGAACUGUGACAAGCUGUGUGCCGACUUUCAGGAGGACAUUGAGUUCCACUUCUCCCUGGGCUGGACUAUGCUAGUGAACAGGUUCCUGGGCCCCAAGAACAGCCGCCGGGCCUUGCUGGGCUACAGCGAUCAGGUUCAGCGUCCUCUCCCUCUGACACCUGCCAACCCCAGCAUGCCCCCCUUGCCACAGAGCUCCCUCACCCAGGAGGAGCUCAUGGUCUCCAUGGUUACUGGCCUGGCCUCUCUGACAUCCAGGACCUCCAUGGGCAUUCUCGUGGUCGGAGGAGUGGUGUGGAAGGCAGUGGGCUGGAGACUCAUUGCCCUCUCCUUUGGGCUGUAUGGCCUCCUGUACGUCUAUGAGCGGCUGACCUGGACCACCAGAGCCAAGGAGAGGGCCUUCAAGCGCCAGUUUGUGGACUAUGCCAGUGAAAAGUUACAGCUCAUUAUCAGUUACACCGGCUCUAACUGCAGUCACCAAGUCCAGCAGGAAUUGUCUGGGACAUUUGCUCAUCUGUGCCAGCAAGUUGACGUCACCCGAGACAACCUGGAGCAGGAAAUUGCUGCCAUGAACAAGAAAGUGGAGGCUCUGGAUUCACUUCAGAGCAAAGCCAAGUUGCUCAGGAAUAAAGCUGGCUGGCUGGACAGCGAACUCAACAUGUUCACACACCAGUACCUGCAGCCCAGCAGAUAGUGGGCGGCUAGGGCAGACCUGCACCGAGAAGAGGCAGGGCCCGAUUGCCCAUCAGCUCUAGUCCUUGGCCGCUGCAGAGAGAAGGAAAGCACCCACUGUCUUGUACCAGUUACUCCCUACCCCCUGCAGGAAGACCCCGGCUCAUACCCUAAUGGAGACCAGCAUGGACUGGACAGCUCGGCCCCAAGGAGGCAUGCCUGUGUCUGUGUCUGCUCAUCACGCUCACUCGGUGACAGUCACUGUGUUUGAUAAGGCCUUCCUCAGGAUGGCACCCCAGGAAGGGAGCCUUCACAGGCGUCAGGCGGGCACUCCUGGUUUCUCCAGUCUGAGCACACCUACAGAGAGAGACAGAGUUGGGGGUGACUGGACUCCCCAGAAAAAUUCAGGAUACUUCUGGAGCUGCCAAGUUUGUCCCCGAACUUGUAUCUGGCAUUCAGCCCUCAGCUUCAGCACUUUCCCGGCUGCAGUCUGUCAGCUGUGCUCAACACACCCAGGCUCCAGGCCCAGCCAGCUUCUACAUACGGGACACCAAGAGCCCUGCCAGCCAGAGCGCAGUGAGAGCUGAGGAGCAGGCGUGUGAGCGACGGUGUCUGACGGCAGUGCGGUUGGUGUCUGGCAUGGUGACGAGGGACUUGCCUCCCUUCGUGUCAUUGAGGCCCUUCCUUUACGUCAGCUCUUGGCCUGCUAGUCCGGUUUUCUAGUGAGCUGGCGUGUUCCAGGUGGUUAAAAGAUGUAGCAGGAAGGAUGGUGGAAGACAGGAGUUGCCCGGGUGAGUACGGAGGAGGUCUGUCUACCUGACCUAGUGCUGAGGGGCUCACACACCCUGCCUUGCUACACGUUCCCUUUGGCCGCCAUGCCCCGGACUGCACCAUGCUGAUGGCGGCAGCUGGCUACAACCAGCCUGAGAGCCUGGCCACUGUUCUCCUGCCCCGACCCUCAGGCCGCCUCCUCUUCUGCUCCCGAAACGUCCACCUCUUGUCAGUGCUCAACCUGUCGCUGUUGAGUGUUGAAAUUGUUAAUGGUCAAAGCAGGGAGGAUUCCAGUCACCAAGGUUGAUUGUCUUGGGAAAGCAGUUUUAAGAGUGAUAAAUCCUUUGUAGGACAGGUAGAAAGUGUCUUAGAGAUAAAUCAUUGGCUCCAGUCCCUCCCAGAAGCCCACAACCAGCUCUGCGGGACACUGUCCUGCUGGCCGGGUGCCCCAUGGGCCAUGUCCUCUCCUGUCCUGUCUGUGUGCUCACGUGCCCUCAGCCUACCCUCUGCUGGGACAGUGAUGGGCUAGGCCAAGGUCAGCAUGUGAUAAAAGACAUAGUGUAUUUUCAGGCUGGAUAGACGGGGUCACCUCAGUGGGUCAGGACAAAUCAUUGUCACGUAAUCCCAAUGAAUGUUGUGUUCUUUUUUGGGGGGGAAGGGGGUAGAAUAAACUCAAAUUCUUUUUCAGUAUAGCCCCUGAGUAAUGAAUGAAAACUUGAGCUUACAGAAGUAAAGAUUCAUUUAUACCACCAGGGAGAGCCUAGAUCUGAGAGACGUGUCGCAGAGAGCACUUUAGUUUCUUGCUGCUAACUGUUGUGUGAUCCUUUGCUGGGGUGCACAAGGCACCAGACACUGUGUGUUUGCUUCUGGUAUAUUAGGUGAUGCAUCCGCCUGGGUUACCUGUAUCUCUGCUGAUCAUAUUGGAAACUAAAAUAAAGCCCCAGUUGUGACCCUG